AUGCAACCUAUAGUCGGGGCUUAUGCGGACAAAUCAACCUCAAGAUAUGGCAGACGCAGACCGUACAUGAUAGUUGGCGCCCUCAUCACCGGCCUGGGCCUCUUGUUACUAGGAUGGACAUCUGAGGCCGUAGGACUGUUCCUUGCGGAAGGGGACACUAAGAAAAAUGUCACCAUUCUGGUCGCGGUGCUUAGUAUCUAUGCUCUUGACUUCUCAGUCAAUGCGGUCCAAGCCUGCAGUCGAAGUCUCAUUGUCGAUACGCUGCCGAUCUCUCAACAGCAGGCAGGGUCGGCAUGGGCAUCCCGGCUCACCGCCGCUGGUCAUUUGAUAGGCUAUUUCAUCGGCACAUUUGACCUGGUGAGGCUAUUUCCACCUUGGUUGGGAGGAGACACCCAGUUCAAGAAGAUGACGGUUAUCUCGGCAUUGGUCCUGUGGAUUACGGUUGGCGUAACAUCCUGGGCUGUUACAGAGAGGGUGAGACUUCCGGGAGACGACGAUGAGACUUCUAUAAAGGAGAUCCUCGUCAAACUGUGGAAUAGAACCACACAUCUCCCACCUCGGAUACAGUCCAUUUGCUGGGUCCAAUUUUGGAACUGGGUGGGAUGGUUUCCAUUCCUCUUCUACUCCAGCACCUUUGUGGGGGAAGUCUAUUAUCGGUACGAGCAUUCCGCUCCUGAGCCGGGCGUGAAAGAUGAGCACGAUGCCCUAGGGAAUAUCGGGAGACUGGGCAGUGUGUCGCUGGUCCUCUUUUCGUUGAUCACGUUCUGUUCGUCUGUGAUAUUCCCCUACAUCAUCCGAACUCCAGGAGAAGCAGGAGAAAAAUUCACACCUCGUCCACCUCGAGCAUUGGCGAAAUCCGUUCAAUCCCUGUUGAUCAAGGCUUACAGCUUCCAACCGGACUUGACCACUGCGUGGAUGUGGUCGAAUCUGUUGUUCGCCACGAUCACUAUUUGUGCUCCCUGGGUUCAUACCUUGGCUUCUGCCACAGUCCUGGUCGCUUCCUGCGGUGUGCCGUGGGCGGUCUCCUGCUGGGCUCCGUUCGGGCUACUAGGGGUGGAGAUCAACAAGAUGUCCUCCGGUCCACCCGCACAUGUUCACGGUCCAGCUGCUCCAGGAUAUACCGCGGUUCGCGCUAGCAUCGACGAAGACGAGGCGGACAUUGCAAUGAAAGAUAUAGCGCAAGGACGCCAUGAACUUGCCGAUAGUGUCCUCAAAAUUAACCAUCUCAGUGAUCAUGGUGCACAUUCGUCGACGGGUGAGCUUGCAGGCGUUUAUCUGGGAGUCUUGAACGUCUACACCACGUUACCCCAAUUUGUCGGAACGUUCAUCAGCUGGAUCAUUUUCUCAAUGCUCGAGCCAGGCAAGAACGACAACCUUGCUGAUGAGGACCCCGACCAUCACCGCUGGUUAAGUCUGAAGAAGAACGCACCCAAUGCGAUUGCUAUCUGUUUGUUCGUCGGUGCGAUAUGUUCUAUCAUCGCUGCUGAGGCCGCUAGAAGGCUGAAGCGGCUGGAUUGA